AAGACCUUUUUUUUCUUGUUUACCGAUGUUCUGCAUGUUUUGUAUUACAUUUUUUUAAAAAAAAAUUGGUAUUAUCAUUGCGGGAGUGGGGUGGUAUAUUUUUAAUAUUUGGGUAAUCUUUUUUUUUUUUUUUUUUUUUUUUUUUUUAAAGACCCACCCCUACACACCAGUUUGAUCCCCUUUCACAAUCUCAAAUUCAUAUAAUAAUUGUAUGCCGCCUUCGGUUUCGUUUAAUAUUUUUUCUGUAUUACAUUUUUUUUCAAUGAAGCAGGCUAGCGAGGUCUGCGGCCUAGUACAAUUCGAUCACAUUCCAUCCUUAGAUAUUAAUAUUAAUAAUACAAUUUUUGUAAAAAUAAAUAUUACACACAACUGACUUGUAGUAAAGCCAAACGAGGAACCGGUAAACAGAAGCUGGCGCACAUUUUAUAUUUCAUUUGAUAUGGCAAAUUUAUAACGAAAAUACGAAGAAAUAAAAGAAUCCGCUUAAGUUUGUGGUAACUGCGGCCAGUCUCAAAUUACAAGGACAGACGCCGACCAGCUGUGAAGUCUUUUAUUCAAAAGGAUUUGCAAAAACAGUGCUGGUGAGUAUGGACCUCUCGCUGGCUCAGGGUUUGCUGAUUUUUCUGCUCAUCCUGGUCCCGCUGCUGUACGAGUGGAGCCCCUCCUUCAAGUUCUUCUGCAAGAUGGCGUUCUUCAACAGCUGGAUCCUCGCCCUGGCCGUGCUCGCUAUACCCAUCUGCGCAGUGAGGGGGCGCAAUGUCGAGAACAUGAAGGUGCUGCAGUUCAUGCUGCUCCACAUCAAGUACCUGUAUGGGAUAAAGAUCGAUGUGAAGGGCUGGGAGAACUUCCCUCUGAAGGAGCCCUAUGUGGUUGUGUCCAACCAUCAGAGCUCCAUUGACCUGCUGGGUAUGAUGGAGGUGCUGCCCUCGCGCUGCGUCCCCAUUGCGAAGCGGGAGCUCAUGUACGCUGGCACGGCUGGCCUGGCAUGUUGGCUCGCCGGCGUGAUCUUCAUAAACCGCAAGAAGACGGACGAUGCCAUCAGCGUGAUGUCAGAGACAGCGCAGACCAUGCUCAAGGAAGACGUGCGUGUGUGGGUGUUCCCUGAAGGCACUCGGAAUCAAGAUGGGUCAAUGCUGCCGUUCAAGAGAGGAGCCUUCCACCUGGCAGUGCAGGCACGGGUUCCCAUAAUUCCAGUGGUGAUGUCGUCCUAUAAAGACUUCUACAAUAUAAAGGAGAACAAGUUCACCACAGGGACCUGCGUGGUGCGGAUCCUCCCCAAGAUCAACACUAAAGGCCUGACUUCGGACGACGUUGCUGAUCUUGCAGACCGCACCCGGCAAACAAUGCUGUCCACCUUCCUGCAGCUGUCCAGCACCCCCUGCCCUGCCAGCGGGGAACGUGUGGGACGCACGCCCUGCAGCGCCGAGAGAGAGACCCACGACUUGCAGUGAGGAGACACGCAGACACACCAACAUACAACCCCAUCCCGCCUUUCCAUGGGAGACACCUGCCAGCUUCUACAGUGCGUGAGAGAGGAGAGGGAUAAGGGUGGCCGAUCUUAAAAUUUGAGAAAGGAGUCAAGCAGACAAACAUUUCAGGCAAUGCCUUAGUUAGAUGUUCAAUGCGGACAAGCAUUUCCGACUAGUACCUUCUAGGGGUGUAUCAAUGAAUCGUGGUACUUCCUUUACACAAUGUACUGUACUGCAGUAGAGAUGUACUAUUCAAAAGCACAAUAACAGCAACAGCAUAGUUCGUUGUAGUUUACCAAAAGGGUCUUGAAUGAAGAAAGUAUUUUUUUAUUAUUUUUUUUUAACCGAAUGGCCCCUUGUUAAAUAAUCAUUUGAUCUUCUACACGUCAUACAAGUGGGCAAACACGCCCAAAACAUAUGUCCUGAUACAGAUCAUACCCCGAUUAUUGUUGUUGUUAUAGGUAGUUCAUCCAGAACUUCAAACACUCAAUCUUCCAGUAUCUCUCCUACACAUUACACUGAUGAAGACAUUAAACAUUUGCUGACUUAGUUUCACCUCAGUAACACUGAUGAAGGCACUAGCUGAAACGCUUGUCUGCUUGACUCAGUUUCUUCUAGUUUCACUAGCUGUGUCUGCUUGACUUUUUGUUUUCCUGAGUUUUUUUAAUGAGUGUUUUAUGAAGUUGCUUGAAUCUUUUUUGAUGUAGAUCGCCAGAAGGGUGUUGUGAUCAGUCUGUUCAAAACCCACAAAUACUCCCCUUUGUACAAAAGACACAAGACAGCGUGGGGUAAUGUUUCAGGUACAAGAAAGAGAGAACAUGAGAGAAAAGGAUGGAAGGGACUUCCGGUUUGUUUACAGUCUCCCAAAGAAAGGUUGUGUUUUUUCCAUUUUUUUUAGCUGCAAGGACACAAUCUUCCCCCCCUUUGAAACCUGCUUACUACUACGUCUGUCAUUCUGUGAGCCAAAGUCAAGUACAAUAGUUUUGCCUUAAUAGUAUAUCAUCUAAAAGUUCCUAAAAUGUAGAAUUUCUGUCCAUUAAGCUCUUAUUGUGUGUGUUCAUUAUUUAACAGGCUUGCUGACUGCUCUGGGAAAAACUGCUUCUGAAAAGACUCCUCUGAUGGUCAGGGGGAAAAAUAUUAGCAAUGCUAAUAUGCUUCCCCGCCCCAUCUUGUAAAAGCAGUCUUUUUGGAAGCAGUAAUAGUAAGCAAGCUAGUUCAGGAGACAGGACAGACCUCCCCUCCCACAGUACAGAGAGGUGAAUUGUUUUAUUAAUGAUGACCUGACAUGGGGAUAAUGAAUUAUUGCCUGGAACCUGCUUGGUGUAAGGGUCUGUCACCUGACCCCAGAACAGAGAGCAGCAGGGUGGAGCUGGGGGUGGUGGAGGGAUGUGAGUGAAUCAAACGCAAUAGAAGGGGAAGUUACUGGUCUGUCUGUGUUGCUCUGAUAGCCCAGAAUUAGAUGAUGUAAUGUAUGUAGAGGGUGUGUAACGGUGGUUGUAACCAGGGCUUCUGUUUUUCGAGUUUAUUAAUUGUAUUUUUAGGAGCUCAUUUUUUUGGGAGGGGCUUUCG